GUAGCGGCGGAGAUACAGGAAGUGUGAAGACGCACUGCGAGAACAAUGGGCGUUCAAGUGGAGACUAUCAGACCCGGCGACGGAAAGACAUUUCCGAAGAGAGGAAAUACGGUCGCUGUGCAUUAUGUUGGCACGCUGACAAACGGGAAAAAGUUUGACUCCUCCAGAGACCGAGGGAAGCCCUUCACGUUCAAACUAGGAGCACAGGAAGUCAUCCGUGCCUGGGAUGAAGGUGUAGCUCAGAUGAGCCUUGGUCAAGUGGCCAGGUUGACCUGCUCACCAGAUUACGCCUAUGGUGCCAGUGGAUACCCACCCAUCAUCCCUGCAAACGCCACUCUCAUUUUUGAGGUGGAGCUCCUGCAGUGCUGAGUUUUUACACUGAAAGUCCAUCCAGAGGUUUUUUUUUUUCUUUUUUCUGUUCAUCUACAUAUGUCACAAAUUAUUAUUUGAUGAAAGAUGCUUUUGGAAGCCUUCGUUACGAAGGGAUCAUUUGUAGAAACGUUAGCCAGAUCUUGGUCUAAAAUAAGAAAAGUGGAACACAACACCGUACUAAUGAUGGCUGCAGCCGUGGUGCUCAGGCCUCGUGAACGUAACGUGAGUAGUGCACCAGUUUAUAGUAAAAAUGGUUAAGGCUGAUAUAAUUUCAUUAUCAUGUGAGUAAAUGUGAAACUUAAAGGCUCAGGAUUGACCAUGUUUGAGUUGGAGCUUCACCCUGAAUUACAGCCACGCACCCGGAAUGUUUCACGAUUGUUUGUGCUUUUGCAGUUGUGUUAAUAUUUUAUUGAAACCUUGCUGUUUUGUUCUUUUUAACGAGGCUGCACGCUUUGGCAUCAACAGAACAGUGCGGCGGUUUUGUAAAGUAAAGUUGGUAUACGCUACACGUAAGACUCUGAUUUCAUCUCACUUUGCGUAGAAAAUCUGCAAAAAAUAAUAAUUCAGGUAAAAAUCCAAGCUGUUUUUAGUUUCAAAAAUCUCAGCUCUUGGUGUUAAUUCUUUCACUUGCCAGGAAAAUGUGAACACACUAAAGUCGCACAGUGAAAUGAGAGCAUGUGACACAAAUCACACAGUGGUCUUGGCAAAUGUUUCAUUAUUCACAAGUGUUUCUUCCAGUGUUUUUAAAACGGUGUUUGAUCGGUUAAUGUUUAAUUUUAACACCUUUAGGGUUUUACACCUCCCUGCGGUAGAUUUAGUCUGUUUAGUUCACAACUUUAAAGCAAUGACACAAGAACAAAUAAACCUUGUCAGUAGUGGCUUGUGAUUAUUAUUUUUUUCAUUCUUGAUAUUUGUAUUAAAGUCCGCUUUUAGACCUGAAGUGUCCUUGUUAUUUCUGAAUAACAACUUUUGUUUUGUUACGCUAAAUUUUUCCCUGCAUCUGCUACUCUUCCUUUCUGUGGGCAUUUCAGUCUGACAAUAAAACAAUGUU